AUAGGCCUUGAAUACCAUCGUCCGCUUCUUGUCUGCGUUGGUACUGCGUACGCGCUUGAGGUCGUACAGACAAAGCGCAGUUGAUCGGUUAGAACGGCAACGAGAGGAGAAACGCACAACAGCGUGUGAGAGGAUACAUAGCUGGUGGCGGCGGUGUGUGAGCAGUGGACAAUUAAGCAGGAGUAGGGAGAGGCGUGCGCAGGAGGUUCAGAACGCACUGUAUCAGAGGAAAAAGGAAGCGAAAAUGGAAAGGGAACGAGAACGGGAGAUAAAAAGGAGAAACCGAACGAAAAAUAGUAUAUUGGGAAGCCCUUCUGGGCAAUAUCGGGAAACGUCGAGUGUGAGUCAACUUGCGGCGAACAGAGUGCGAUUCAGUACUUCCGAGAAGGCAACCACACACACACAACAAACACACGGAACCACACACACCAAUACAGCGGAGAGCCAACAUACAUACACCCACACACAAAGGCGUGCGCACACGCAAUCACACACACGCCAACACAAGGACGGCAAGAGUAACGCACACACGGGUGUACUCAGCUAUCGUCGAGGGCCGAGUCGAGACGAGACUGUGGCACGUGUACAGGCCAUGUGGCGUGGUGUCUACUAUCGGAAAGGAAUGGGAGUGCCACACACACAGCUGUUGGCACGUGUACGCGCUUCCCAGGUGGAUGCCACACAGCACCCGUCGAAGACACUCAAGAACAUCACCGAUAGAGCUGUGGGGCAUCUCAGGAAGGGAGGAUCGUCAGAGAAAAGACUGGCAAAUCUCAUCAAGGCCUGCCAACAUCUAGAAAUGAGUACCGCACUUUCCCAAGCAUGCAGAGUACAGCUCGCAGAAAAUGGUGGUCUGCAGUCAAUGGUGCGGUUUAUGAAGGGAUGUGGUAGAACCAAGAGUCAACAAAAGGCGCUGUUGCUAGUGUUGAUACUGAUCAAUAAGUUAGCGGAAAACAGCGAUGCAGGU